AUGUCGCACCCGAAUUAUGGUUAUGGCGGACCCCCGCAGGGCCCUUACCAGCAGCAACAGCCGGGCUACUAUCCCCCGCAACAGCCCGGAGGCUACCCGCCCCAGGGACCACCGCAGGGACCACCGCAGCAGUAUCCUGGCCCCGGACAGCACCAGUACCAACAACAGCCCUAUCCUGGUGCCCCCCAACCACACCAGAAUCAACAAUGGUCGGAACACCCCCCGCCACAACCCUACCCUCGCCAAGGAGGCGGUUAUCCUCCCCAGAAUCAGCCACUACAAGGUCAAUAUCCUCCACAGGGCCAAUAUCCCCUGCAACAACACAGCCAGUACCCUCCCCAGCAACAAGGCCAGUACCCUCCCCCAGGAAACUACCCGCCCCAAACCCAAGGCGCAUACCCGCCUCCCCAGCCAAUGCCCAUCCCUCCCUCCCUAGGCUACGAUCCGCACCAAAGAGCUCCCGGCAACGCGACCCGCGAAGCCGAAGCCCUCCGCAAAGCGAUGAAAGGCUGGGGCACGGACGAAAAAGCACUCAUCAACAUCCUCACGAAGCCCGAUCCACUGCAGAUGGCGCUGAUCCGCCACACCUACACUGACCAUAUCGGCCGCAACCUCGAAAAAGACCUGAAGUCCGAGCUCUCGGGGAAUCUGGAAGACGUGCUACUAGCACUCGCCCGGGGUCCCCUGGACCAGGACGUGGUAUACGCCCACGACGCGAUGUCCGGACUCGGCACGAACGAGAAGGCGCUGAACGACGUGCUGCUGGGCCGGUCGAACGCGGACCUGCGCGCGAUCAAGUACGCGUACGUUGCCAAGUACGAGAAGGCGCUCGUCGACGACAUCAAGAGCGAUCUAUCGGGUAAGACGGAGCAGUUCUUCGUGAUGUUGCUGAACGCGACGCGGCCAGAGCCCGGGGCGUACGUGGAUCCGCAGUCUGUGGACGCGGAUGUGCGCGAGAUCCAUCAGGCGACGAAGGCGCGCAGCGGGACGGAUGAGACGGGCGUCUCGGCGGUGUUUCUGGGGGCGUCGGAUGCGAAGCUUGUGGCGAUUGCGCAGGCGUUCGAGACGCGGUAUCAUACGAGCUUGGAGGCGUUGAUCAAGGAUGAGUUCUCGGGACAUCUGCGGGAGGCGUUUCUGUCGAUGUUAGCGAAGGCGCGAGAUCCCGUGGGCCACGAUGCAGAUACGAUCCUGGAGUGUCUACCUGUUGGGGGAGGUGCGGAUCUCAAGCGCUUGAUUUACUGGGUUGUCCAUCUGCAUUGGAACCCGCCGCAUUUUGCGGCUGUCAAGGGACGGUUGAGGCAGAAACUGGGCCAUGAUAUUGGGGCUCAGUGGAGAGGAGCGAUUUCCUCGGGGGAUUUUCAUGAAGCUAUGCGUCAGCUCUGGAAUGGUGUAUGA